GCGUGCGCAGGAGGCCCUCUGUCGCCCACGCGGGUCCUGCAGUGCAGCUGUGGUUAACGUUCUAAUAAUAGAGAUUACCAACAAGGAGAAAAUGGAGAAUCUUCAGAUGAAAGAGGCAGCCCUUGUCUAUCUUGACAGAAGUGGAGGCCUCCAAAAGUUUAUAGAUGACUGCAAGUCCUACAAUGAUUCAAAGCAAAGUUAUGCUGUCUAUCGGUUCAGUAUUCUAAUAAACCCCUGUGACGUUGUCGAAUUAGAUGCUGAACUUGGAAAUCACAUUUUACACCAUCCCUUAAAAGCUGCUCAAAUUUUUCAAUCAGUCUGCUUUGUUGCUGUUAAGACUCUCUCAUUAAUUGGACAGUUACAGACUGAAACUCAGAUCAAUAUUGUGCUGAAGUUAACACAUUUACCAUCCCUGCCAAGCUAUAGUCUUGAUCUUUGUGAGUUUCCACUUAAUUAUGCAUCUCAGGGAUUUUAUAUGAUGCAAGGGAUUGUGAUUGCAAUGACAACUAUAACCAAGUACACGCAAGGUGCAAGGUUCUUGUGUUCAGAUGAAGUGUGUCCUUUUUCAAAAGGAUUUCAGUAUAUAAGAGUCCAUGUGCCUGGAGCUACAGAAUCUGCAACAGUAAGAAAUGACUUUUUAUGCAGUCUCUGUUCAUCUUCACUUCAAGAAGACAGAAAAUUUAGAGUACUUGGUGAUAAACAGAUAGUUGAAAUAAUCACCACAAAAAUGUUUCAUGCUUUUCAAGGAGACUCUAAAAACCAGCCCUUUAGGUUUCAAUCACUUGGUAUUUUCCUAAGAGAUGAACUAGUGAAUAAGGUGAAAAUAGGAAAUGAAUAUAAAAUUAUUGGAAUCCCAGUCUGUGUCAAAACUUCACAAACUGCUCUCUGUGUAGAAGCAAAUAGUAUCACUCCCUACACAGCACAAGUUCCUUCAGGAAUUAGUGACAACUUUAGGUGUCUCCUCUCCUUGACUUCAAGCUCGUGCUGGAAAUUCACAGCAAUACUAGCCAAUAUCUUUGCAUCACAGAUUGUUCCUCCUGGGACUUACAAUUUGCUCAAACUCUGUUUGUUGAUGAGUCUAGUACAGACAAGAGACUGCAACAGGGAACGAGAAGACUGCUUGGAUAUUUUAGUUAUAACCAGUGACACUCUGCUUGUAGACAGACUUUUGAAUUUUAGCAUGAAUCUUGUCUCCCGUGGUAUACGUCAUCCUGUCUGUACCGAAGUUUUUCCUACAGUGUCCAGAAAUAAAUAUGGAACUGGAGCAGUGAGCAUUCAGGCCGGCAGUGCCUUGCUUGCUAAGGGUGGUAUCUGCUUUAUAGGAGACCUGACAUCCCAUAGAAAAGAUAAACUUGAACAGCUUCAAUCAGCUUUGGAGAGCAGAAGCAUUACAGUGUUCAUCCCAGGAAAGAAGUUUGGGGAUGAUUUCGAUCAGCAAAUGACCUUUCCCAUUCAGUGCAGUUUUUGGUCUUUUGUUGAUAUGGAUUCAUCUUCAAGGAGAAAUGUACAGAAAACCAGUACUCUGAUUGGUCAGAUGGAUUGCAGUUUGAUUCCAGCCAACCUUACAGAGGCAUUUGGAUUGUUGAUUAACUGCAGUGAGUCAUCUCCUUGCCACCCACUUCUUCCCACUGUGCAGCACACUUUAAAGAAAGCAGUGGACCCCGAGGGGCUGCUGUAUUUAGCGUCUAAGCAGUUCACAACUGAAGACUUUGAAAAGCUACUGGCUUUUGCAAAGAAUUUGAAUAUGGAAUUCAGCUUGGAAGCAGAAAGAAUGAUUCAUGGCUAUUAUCUAGCAAGUCGCAGAAUAAGAACAGAUUCUAUACAUGGAUCAAAGCUGUCAGCAUCUGCAUUAAAAUAUUUAGUUUCUUUAUCUGAAGCUCAUGCUCGACUGAAUUUAAGGAAUAAAGUGCUCAGAGAAGAUGUACUAAUUGCAGCCUUAUUGUUUGAAAUCUCUCUCACAUUGAAAUAUGGGGCCACUGCAUUUUGUGUUGCUCCCAAUGCAUUAUUUCCAUUUGAAUUGUAUAAUGAAGAAUAUUUAGAGCAAAGAGAUCUCUACCUGACUCAGUGCCAACAGCAGCUCCAACAGUUUAUUGCCACAUGUGGACCUGGGACAACUGUCUUUUCUAGUGAUGAAUAAGCAAUUUAAGAAUUACCUUUCAUGCC